AUUGCCGGUUAGACAGGAAGAAAGUAGCUUUAUAUGUGCCUGGAUUAACAGAAAACAUCUAAAACAUUUAGAGACACAGAACAACAGGAGCCAGAGGAAAGAGUACACCAUGAAGAUCAUUUUGUGGAAAGUCGUGUGUGUUGUAUGCACACUAUUCCUUAAUGCUACAGGUUCACUGUCUCAGCUCAGAGUUUGUGGUCAGGCUCCACUGAACAACAAGAUUGUUGGUGGUCAAGAUGCUGCUCUUGGUUCCUGGCCUUGGCAGGUUAUUGUUCGGUCAGCAAAUACCCUCUGUGGUGGCAGUCUGAUCAGUCAGAACUGGGUCUUAACAGCUGCUCACUGUUUGAAAAAGAACGGAAUACCUUUUACUGCACCUCAAAUCACAGUCUCACGACGACUUGAAAAUGGGACUGUAAUGGAGACAAUAAGUGCUAUUAAAUUGAUCAUCCAUGAAGGCUAUAAUGAUAACACUCUGAUCAAUGACAUUGCACUAGUCCAGCUCUCCUCUUCAGUGCAGUUUAAUGAUUAUUUCCGUCCGGUGUGUCUUGCUGCAAGCAACAGUUCUUUUCCAAGUGGUACCCAUGUCUGGGCCACAGGAUGGGGUAAAAUCAGUAAUAUUAAUUUGCAGCUCGCUCAAAAGCUGCAGGAGGUGAAGUUGCAGAUUGUCAUUAACAGUGUCUGUGCACAAAAAUAUUCACCAUUUAUUAUCACAGACGGUAUGAUGUGUGCUAUCUCUCCUGUGGGUGGACAGGACACGUGCCAGGGUGAUUCUGGAGGUCCACUGGAGGUGAAUUUUAAUGGAAUCUGGAUUCAGGGUGGGAUUGUGAGCUUUACCUCUGGAAGUGGAUGUGCUCCCCCAUCUAUACCCAGUGGGUAUACCAGAGUGUCUCAGUAUGAAGACUGGAUUAAUAACAAGACAGACAACAAUCAACCGGAAUUUGUUGCAUUCUCAUUUGGCAGUUACAUCUCCCUCAACCUCUUCUGUCUUUUUCUUUCUUUCACCAUCAUCCCCUUCCUUCUCCCUUCCUUAUCCACCUACUAGUGAUGUUAGCCAAAUUAAAGACACAAGCACCAAGCACAGAAAGUAAUCUAACAUAACACAGACUUUAAGCUUUACUUAAAUUUUUAACUUUAUUUUCUACAAAGCUACAUUUUAAGGUUAUUUUCAUGUGAAAUGAAGAAACAAAACCUAUAAGCUUGUGUCUGAAAACUAAAGUCUACAUAAAUAUUCAAAAGCAAAUUUAGGCAUAUUUGUUACAAAGAACAUUUUAAUCAUGAGAAUUUCUAGCUUCAAAUUAAUUUCUGAUAAAUUCAUGUUUAAUAUACAUUCAUGGAAAAAAAAAAAAAAAGUACACCCUUCAUCAAUUCAACUCAUCAGUUUUCCAACAUUUAAUGGCAACCCCUUAAGUGUGAAAUUGAGUUUCAGAAUUUAGGUUGCUCCUCUUUCAUUAUCAGAUGGUAUGGUGCAAAAUCAAAUGAAUAACAUUUAAACAGAUACAUAAACAGGCUUGGCAGUAUUUUUGAUGCUUUACAUAAUUUGGUGAAUUUGUUUAUGGUUUUAUUCUGCCUGAUAUAUAACAGUGACAGCAGCAUGUAUCUUCAAACUCUUUUCCACUGGCGUCAUCUGCUGGAAGCAUGUGUGACUUUUUCAUAUGACCUAGAAUAAGAUAGACUCCAUUUGGAGCAUUUUAUCUCUCUAUAUUUCUUCCACAUAAACACCAUUCACUUCUGACUUGCUUCUUAUGAAUGUAAAUAUAAAUUAAAUAACUGUAAAUCUGCUUUGUGACAAUGUCCAUUGUUGAAAUAGCUGAAUAAACACAAUGUGAUUUAA